AUGGAUUCCCUGGUGGUUGGAAACCACACUGCAGUGACAGGGUUCAUUUUAUUGGGCUUAACACAAGAUCCUACCCUUCGGGCCAUCCUCUUCAUGGUCAUCCUAUGCAUCUAUCUGGUGACCAUAUCUGGCAAUCUCAGCACAAUCAUUCUGAUCAGAAUCUCUUCUCAGCUCCAUCACCCUAUGUAUUUUUUCCUGAGCCACUUGGCUUUGGCUGACAUAGGCUUUUCAUCCUCUGUCACACCCAAUAUGCUUGUAAACGUCAUCAUGGAGAGGAAUACAAUCUCCUAUCUUGGAUGUUGGAUCCAACAUGGAUCAGCUGCUUUCUUUGGACCACUUGAGUGUUUCCUACUGGCUGCCAUGGCCUAUGAUCGCUUUGUAGCAAUCUGCAACCCACAGUUCUUUUCAACUAAAAUGUCCACAGAAGUCUGUGUCCAGCUAUUCUCUGUGGCUUAUGUAGGUGGUUUUCUCAAUGCUUCCUCCUUUACCAUUUCCUUCUUGUCUUUAUUCUUUUGUGAACCUAAUCGAGUCAAUCAUUUUUUCUAUGAUUUUCCUCCUUUAGUUGAACUUUCCUGUUCUGAUGUCAUUAUCCCUACAGUGGUCCUCUCAUUUUCUGCUGGCUCCAUCAUUGUGGUCACAACGAUCGUCAUAGCUAUCUCCUACGUCUACAUCCUCAUCACCAUCCUGAAGAUGUGCUCCACUCAGGGCUGCCACAAGGCCUUCUCCACCUGUACCUCCCACCUCACUGCAGUCACUCUGUUCUAUGGGACCGCUGCAUUCAUUUAUGUGAUGCCCAAGUCCAGCUACUCUACUGACCAGAACAAGGUAGUGUCUGUAUUCUACACAGUGGUGAUCCCCAUGUUGAAGCCCCUCAUCUACAGUCUCAGGAAUAAUGAGAUUAAGGCUACUCUCAAGAGGCAGCUUUGUAGAAAAAUAUUUUCCUAA